AAACCGACAGCGAACAGCACAGCUAUAGGGGGAUUUACAAAGAAGGCGGACCUAAUGCGACCCCCUCAAGUUGAGCUUCCGAGGGUUUUACAAUGCCGACCAUUUCUUAAAGCGCAUUUUGUAGCCUCUGACUUAAAGAGCGACGAUCCAAACGUGCGUUAAAAAACCCACGAAUGUAGAUACUACCACCUUCACUGAGAAGAAGAAAGACAAAAAAAAGACGCAAAGAGAAAGAGACUUUGUCCAUCCCAUUUAUUCUCACUCAUCACAGGAAUUAACUUCAAGGCUUCGUGACAAGAACAUUUGAUAUUCAAGAUAUUGAGUCAACAUCUUCAUUGUACACGUACUGUAUACAAUCUGUUACAACUUGGAAGAUGGAACCUUCUCAGUCAGAGAUGAACAUCUUAUCCAAUGGGAAAAGUCACGACCUCGGAUGUGACGUGGGUGUGCCAAUGAAGACGAUGCUAGAAGAGGAUCUCAAUGGCACUCAAACAGUCAGAUUUGAUGAUCCGGAUGGAGCGCUGGAGAAUCAGGAAUUUUUGCCCAGUGCAGAUGGAAAGAAACCUCCACACUUCACAGAUUUUGAAGGAAAGACCUCUUUUGGCAUGUCUGUCUUCAACCUGGGUAAUGCUAUUAUGGGCAGUGGAAUCUUGGGAUUGGCGUAUGCCAUGGCCAACACUGGCAUACUCCUUUUCUUGUUUCUUCUGACUGCAGUAGCAGCUUUGUCAACUUACUCCAUUCAUUUGCUGCUCAAAUCCUCUGGCAUUGUGGGAAUUCGAGCUUAUGAAGAGCUGGGGUACAGGGCCUUUGGCACUCCUGGAAAAAUGGCCGCUGGUAUAGCAAUCACCCUGCAGAAUAUUGGAGCUAUGUCCAGCUACCUGUACAUUGUGAAGUCUGAGUUACCGCUGGUCAUCCAAACUUUCCUGAAGGCAGAUCCCAACUCCGAUCUGUGGUACUUGAAUGGAAACUACCUGGUCAUCAUGGUCUCUGCCAGUAUCAUCUUGCCCCUGGCUUUAAUGAAACAGCUUGGUUACCUCGGCUACACCAGUGGAUUUUCUCUCAGCUGUAUGGUGUUUUUUCUCUCUGCUGUUAUCUAUAAGAAGUUUCAGCUUCCCUGCCCAUUCGAUGACUUCUCAGCCAACAGUACUGCUGGACACCUGAAUGUCUCAAGCUACGUCCACGAGUACAACAAUGGUCUGGUUCACGAGGACGAUGACUCCCAUUGCUCUCCACGCAUGAUCAACAUUAACUCACAGACGGCAUACACCAUUCCCAUCUUGGCUUUCGCCUUUGUUUGCCACCCUGAGGUCCUCCCCAUCUACACCGAGCUCAGCAAUCCAACGCAGAAGAGGAUGCAGAAGGUGUCCAACAUCUCCAUCUUCGUCAUGUACAGCAUGUACUUUCUGGCAGCUCUCUUUGGCUACCUGACCUUCUAUGACAAGGUGGAGCCUGAACUGCUGCACACUUACAACCGGAUUGAUCCUUACGACACUUUGAUCCUGUGUGUGAGGGUGGCCGUCCUCACAGCUGUGACGCUGACAGUCCCUAUCGUGUUGUUCCCUGUACGUAGAGCCAUCCAGCACAUGUUAUUCCCCACCAAGUCUUUCAACUGGUUGCGUCACACUGCCAUUGCUCUCGUUCUGCUCACCCUAAUCAACUUGCUGGUGAUAUUUGCUCCCAACAUUCUGGGCAUCUUUGGCAUCAUUGGUGCCACGUCGGCUCCCUGUCUCAUUUUCAUCUUCCCUGCUGUCUUUUACAUCCGCAUCGUUCCCAAAGAAGAUGAGCCCAUGAACUCUGUUCCUAAAAUAGUGGCUGUCUGUUUUGCUGCUUUGGGUAUUGUCUUCAUGGUAAUGAGUCUGAGCUUCAUACUCAUCGACUGGACAACAGGGGGCGGCCUUGCAGCAGGAGGCCACUAGAUGCUGCUUCUGUGUAUGUGAGCUCUGGAAAGGUGGAAAAUAUCUGGUCCAUGUAAAGGGAGCUCUGUCACCUCAGUGAGAACACACUAACAGUUUGUUGGUUGGAAUCACAACUGCUCGAGUUAAAUUAACUUUUUGACUGUAACUUAACACACAUGUGAACAAAAUCCUUGCAUAAUGACGUUCUAUAAUUCAAUUUAACAUAGUGCAAUGGUAAUGCAAUUUCUUUGGAUUAAUCAGGACUACACAGGGUCAUUUUUUUUAUUACCAUCUGUUAGUUCGACUAAGUCCAUCCAUGAUGGUGAAACGGUCCUUUCCUGGUACUUCCUCUUUAUUUACACACAAAGAACUGCAGCUGGUACUGUAUUGAAAGAAGGCAUGAUGUCUGUUAGGCUGAAGACGGGAAGGCAUCAAGAUAUGCAUGAGAAAUAACUCAUAAGUUAUUUUUUUACAAAGAUAUGAAUUAUUUUCCACGAGACACACACAAAGAGAAUAGUCAAUGAUCUCAUCCUGAACCAGCUGCACUCUGAACUGUCCAUCACUAUGUUAUAUAAAACAAAACAAAAUAGUGCUUUAAGGCUUUAGAGUGCAGGUGACAUUUCAUUUCACGACCUGUCGAGUUGUUAUGUAGUGUGUCCUGCAAAGCUUUUGGUUUUGAACUCCUUUCAGAAACUCUGGUGCCUUUUAAGCCUUUGGAACGGCACACAAACACACAGCAAACACAGGAGUGUAUAUUUAUUUAGCUACUAUAUCUUUGUUUUUAAUUUCAAAUGAACUAUAUUUAACUACUGUAUAUGAUAAAUACAAUAAUCCAAAUAUAUCAUGUAUGAUAUCAGUUUUUCUGUUUUAGCUGACAGUAUAUAAAUGAUGAAAGGAGUUACGACCGAAGAUAUUUUUAAUGUUUGAUAAAAUACAAAGAAUUUCAUACCUCCCUAUAUAGAACUUUUAGUUCAAAUGCCAAACUGUGACCUUAAAUAUAAACCAAGUACAGCUCAAGUUUGAUCUCAACAGUUAAUUAAUCGCUUAAAUUCUCCUUACGCCCUUUAAAUUUCUCUGAAUGAUAGUAUCACAGAUUCUGUAUCUGCACGUUCAAACUGUUUUAUGAUGCCCACAUCCAGUGAAAAUCCAAACUUGAAUGAAAGGAAUAGUUUGGGGAAAUUCCCUUCACUCAUUCACGUUCUUGCAGAGAGUUAGAUGAGAAGAGAGGGGCGGGGGGGGGGACAGCUAGCCUGGCUCUGUCCUAAGGCUAAAAGCCUACCAGCACAUCUAAAGCUCACUAAAUAACACUUAAUAUCAGGAAGUUAAUUACCUCUAGUGAAAUAUCCAGCCAUGCAGAAUUUAACCAUGCAGGUUUUAAGAUAAGAACAUGAAUGUGGACACCAAAGAAAUGUAGACUACAUAUCAGAAUCAGCAUUGUUGUCAUUUCAAUGUAGUCUGAGAACAAUGUCACUGAGGGUCAAACAUUCUUUUUUUUUUUUAUAUAUAUCAUUUGGGUGAACCCACCUGAAUUUGGUUUGGUUCGAACAAUGCCUGGCCAAGCAACAUGGAUUUGUAAAGAUGAACCCACUGGUGGGUCUGGCAGAGUUUAACAAGUUAAUUUGUAUUAAUUUAAAGAUGUGUUAUGCUUUUGUGAUUCUGUCGUAACGUCUUUGCUGUACUGGUUUGUAGUAUUUUGAUCUGCUUUCACCCUUGUUGACUAUUUAGACUUGAGGUUAAUGUUGUGCAUGUUGUUAUGUCCAGUCCGUCCUGUAGUUGGUUUUAGUGAACACAGACAUUUUCUUUCUGACACUGUAAUGCAUAGAUGUUAUUGUAAUACUGUACAUUUAGCAUCUUAAAUUCAAGUGCAUUGAAGUCCCAUCCUGUGCUAUGUUAUAUUAGUAUUAUGAAGCCCUUUUUAAAAGAUGCUACAUAGAACAAUGUUUCAAACAUUACUGUUGUGAUGUUCUGUCAGUGUUGACACUUUAAUUGUGAGCUUAAUUUAGGGAUGUGGAUGAAUACUUUCAGUAAUUCUUCAGGUGAACUUUGAAUCUCACAAAAGCACAACAAUCUGCAUAUCAAUUUUACAGAUUACAGGAGCAUUUCAUUACAAACUACACAUGAAGGUUUAAACCUGGAAAAAUAACUCACAAAAUGUUUUAACAAAUUUUUGCUGCUCAUACCCAAAGAUGAUCUUAUAUUGUAUCAUAACUCUAAGGCUUCAGAGAAAUUCCUCCGUGAAUAAUCACUUCUCUCCUUUUUAUUUAUAUAUUAAUGACUAUUUGUUUAGCCAUUUUUAUUUUUGCAGAUAAAUUAUUAACAACAGCCGAGGAAAUAUGCACGUAUCAACCUCCGUCCCUUGCUUUUCCACGAGUAUUUGCAGUGGUUGUUGUGGGGUAAAUGAAGGUUUAGUUAGGUCAUGUUUAGUGAACAGAGUUUUCUUCACUUUAAGUGUUCAUGCCAAAAUAACAACUGACUACCUACUGCUUUGAAAUGCCUUUAACUUUUAAACAGGUACCACAGUUUUAAUACCACACGCAGUAUAUCAAAUAUGCAUUUUUCAUGUACCUAAAAAAAUCUGUGAUAUUUUAUUAUCGCUGUUGUUCAAGACAUAGAUCUAUGGAAACGACACGACUAUAAAAUAAUUAUAAGGUAUAUGAAUUUUGUUGAAUAAGACGUGGCUUUAUAUAAAUAAUGUAUAUAAAUGUAAACCUUUUAUAUUGUGAUGCAUAUUUACAGUAGCUUGUAAAGUGUAAAUAGCAGGGACAGUUUUAGUUUGGCAAUAAAAUAAUUGUAGAUGUUUUUA